GGUGGGGUCUGAGAAGUUGCAUUUCUCAGAUUCUCAGGCAGCGCUAACGCUAGUGCUGCUGGUCGUCUGUGCAUCGGGGACAGAAGCACGCCUCUAGAGCCCUGCUUCUCAAGAUCAGUGUGCACAGAAUCCCCUGGGGAACCUUAUAAUGCAGAUUGCUACGCCGUGAAUAUGGGAUGGAGCCGAAGUUCUCCAUGUCCACCAAGCUCCCAGUAGCUCCUUUUGUUGCCCCUAACAAACGGGGAGCAUCCGGAGUGGUCAAGACUCUAGUACUGGGUCCCGUUCUCUGCCGCUCCUGAAAAGCAUUUCGAGAAGCCCCUCCUGUCCUUCCCUGGCGUACGUCCUUGAGCUGCUUCCUCUCAGCACUCACCCGAAGCCUAAACCUCCACGAAGAGGAAGAUUUCACCAGGGCUUCUGGAUGAAUUAAAAACAUUUUUGAAAGCUGCUGGAUGUAAACUUGUGGUGGUUGAAUUCUCAGCAAAAUGGUGUGGUCCUUGCCAAAAGAUUUAUCCUCUUGUUCAUGCAAUGUCUCUGCAGUACCGAAAUGUAAUGUUUGCGAAUGUGGAUGUGGAUGAUUCUCAGGAGUUGGCCCAAACUUAUCAUAUCAAAGCAGUCCCCACAUUUCAGAUGUUCAAGCAGGCCCAUAAGGUAACCCUAUUCUCAAGACUCAAAAGAGCAAUUUGCUGUUAUAGAAGUGGAUUCAUGGGCGAGCCGAUUUUUGAAUUUUGUGGAGCUGAUGCUCAAAAACUGGAAGCGAAGAUUCGAGAACUAAUCUCAUCCUUCUUGAUUGCCUGGUCGCCGUUCUGGAAUGCAGCCUCCCAGUGCAGUGGUGACUGGAAAAGUGUUAUGAAAAUUGUAGGUCUCAAAGUCAAACAGACGGAGAUGUGAUGAG